UUAUGGGGUUGUUUAUAAAGGGCGUCACAAAACGACUCAGCAGAUAGUCGCCAUGAAGAAAAUCCGAUUGGAGAGUGAAGAGGAAGGUGUUCCCAGCACUGCAAUCAGAGAGAUUUCCCUUUUAAAGGAACUACAGCACCCUAAUAUUGUAUGUCUUCAAGAUGUACUAAUGCAAGAUGCAAGGCUGUACCUUAUAUUUGAAUUCCUUUCAAUGGAUCUGAAAAAGUAUUUGGAUUCUUUACCUACGCGCCAGAUGAUGGACCAAAUGCUAGUAAAGAGUUACCUGUACCAGAUCACACAAGGGAUUGCAUUCUGUCACUCAAGGAGAGUUUUGCACAGAGACUUGAAGCCUCAGAAUUUGCUGAUUGACAGUAAAGGUGUAAUUAAGUUGGCUGACUUUGGACUGGCUCGUGCCUUUGGUGUCCCUGUCAGAGUUUAUACUCAUGAGGUUGUGACACUGUGGUACAGGGCACCUGAAGUACUUCUUGGUUCUGCCCGUUACUCCACACCAGUGGAUAUCUGGAGUAUUGGCACGAUAUUUGCUGAAAUGGCCACUAAGAGACCUCUCUUCCACGGAGACUCCGAGAUUGAUCAACUGUUCAGAAUUUUCAGGACUCUGGGUACACCGAAUAAUGAAAUCUGGCCUGAGGUCGAGGCUUUGCCAGAUUACAAGAACACCUUUCCCAAGUGGAAACCAGGCAGCUUGUCACAAGUGAAAAACAUUGAUGCAAAUGGCCUUGACCUUCUUGCAAAAACCUUGAUUUAUGAUCCUGCCAGAAGAAUAUCUGCAAAAGAAGCUUUGCGUCACCCGUAUUUUGAUGACUUGGAUAAGUCUAGUCUCCCUGCCAAUAUCCAAAGGAAUUAAUAGCUUUUGAAAGGUGUGUCACCCUAUUUGGCAGUGGGCCAUCGCCAAAUGCACCAAGACCACUUUUCUCUACCAACUUUUUAAAAAAAAAAAAAAAAUUGAGCUACAACAAUUUCUGUAUUAAACCUCUAGAUUUGUCUGUUCAUAUCUAUGUAUUUCUUUCUUUCUAACUGUACUAUUGUGGCACAAUACUGAAUGAUUUUGUACCUGUAUAACUUGUAAAUAUAAAUAAAGGCAUAAUGUACACCAUA